AUGCUGCAGCCGCCGGUCCUGGCACUAUGGCUCCACAAGCCGUCAGAUGGGCUGCCACUUCUUCAAGAGUGGCUGGUCACGGCCACUGACAUUGUCCACGGUGGUUUCGAGGGGUGGAGGGAAACCAUUGAAGUAAGGUGUCUCGACAGUUCAUGUCUUGGAAAGCAGAUGGAGUACGGAUGCUUCACACCAACAAAGGGCGUUGGCCGAUCAAGUAUCAUCUUGUUUGCUAUCCUCUACACGUUCCACAACUUGAAAGAGAAGCUAUCCAAUGAGGAGAUUGAGGACUUUGCAAGGUGGUUGCGCUCACUAUCAUCUUUCCGGGUGACCUUGAUGGAUGGUCCCAUUUAUGCCCUGGAGUUUCGACGGAUGCAGAUCCAUGAGCAGCAAACUGAGAAGCAGAAAAAGAACCCGCUGCAGAAAACGUUGGUGUUUUCCAAGCGCGCUGUUGAGCUGAAGUUGGUGGAUCCCAGUCUUGACGAUCGUGAUGCUUUCAUGCAAGCUGUUCAAGAGUACAACUCUUAUGGCACUGCAUUGAACAAUGCAAAAUGGCAAAUCGAUGAGUCCAUUGCGACCCAAAUGUGGGUGUGUGCGCAAAGGUUUGGAGAGAACUUGAAGCCCAUUUGCACAAGUAUCGCUUUGCAGAGUCAGUCCUUGGCUUGGACCCUGUCAGCCUUCAGCGCACAAACAUUGACAUCGACACGGUGGCUGCUAUCUGGCACUGCUGAUGGUGUUGACAACCCAAUGUGGCACAGCAUCCUGCAAGUCGAUGAGAAGAAGCAGCGUCUAUUCAUGGCAAGAAUCUUCUUUCUCCACGACCGUGCCUCCAAGCGAAGUGGUAGGGCCGCUUCCUGCCGCCUGACGUUGACUGAAUGGAACCAUGAAGUCGAACGCAUGUGCUUGGCUUUCUUCAUUCAAGAGCAAAUGAAGCUGGCAGUCAACCACGACGGCAACGCUAUCUUUGAUCAAGACAUCCUAAUGAAGGUGGUGAAGCGUUCUGUUGAUGGGAAAGAUCAUUUUCAAGCACCUGCUCCGGCCCAACACUUCGCAACUGUGGACGACAAGUUGGAGGAGCUAUCCAAAGAUGCUAGACGGAUGGCUUAUGAACAGGACUGCUUGAAGCUCACACGGGAUGUUGCCCAGCUGGGAUGCUUGUACCAGGAAGAAGUCAAAAGUGAACGGAGUGACAAAAUGAAAAAAGUGCUGCACUUGAAACAUCAAAAUCGACUUGGUGCCAGCUCCAUCAACCACUUCAUGGACCUAAACCUUCGCUUUGUUGCUGGACGGAUGGGGGAGCUGGAGGCUGCUGCCGACAAGUUCAUCAACGAUUUGGCUGAGCAUGAAUCUUGGGCCGGCACCGUUGUCUGGCUUGACUUCACCAAAUAUGGAAAGGUCACAGGAACCGACCUGAAUGACUGCUGCGAUCUGGUUGCCAGAAUUUUGGGGAAAAAGCCUCAAAAGACGGUGGCGGUCGUCAUCGGGCCAUACUUGGUCUCGGAAAAAGUGCAGAACAACAUGAGGGGGGAAAUCAGGAUGGCUGCGGCUCCCGGCCAGAAACAUGUGCCGCUCCAAUUCCCGGCAUGGGUCUGCAUGCAAGAGCAGUGCAUUGCUGACAACAUGUUUCGAUCCUCCCAACUUCUGACCGACAGGUGCACGCGAUCCAAUAUCAAUUGGCUUCCCGAGAGCAACUACGUGGUUCCGGCAGCUGGCAAAGAUAUGACCCCAUCUUCUGCAGAAGUCAGGUCCAUGUCGAUCUUCCAGGAAAGUGCUCAGUACCUUGCUGGCUUGGAGGUACCGAACCAGGUGUUGACAAGUUUGCUCACAAAGGUGUCCCUGCCAGAUCGUGCUGCGAUUGGGUUGGUAAACUUGAGCCCCUAUGACUCUUGGAUGGAGUGGGCAGCUUACCAGUGGCCGCUGAACAACACCGGGGUGAUCAUGCCGGCUCUUUCCCUGAGCAAAUCUUUGCAGAUUACCGAGUAUUGCCAAAGAUCGAUCGCCUUGAAGCUGAUGGAGGAGUGGAAACGUGGAAACCAUUUGAUGGGUUCGACGAUGCCCAAGUAUGAGCCGUCUUGCACGCCAGCCGCAAACGUUGACAUCAACAAGUUUCCACUGCAAGUGGCAAAAAUCGACAUUGUCCCCGGAAAGUCUGGUUGGGCUAAGUACAAAGUCUCUUUGCCCCAAAGCUUUCGCGGCCUCUACUACAGUGAUGUUCUCUAUGGGCCGGACUGGAGGGAGCUUCUGGCGGACUUUGACAAGAAGUUUUUGGGCUUCAACAAAUCUAGCAAAUCCUUUAAUUUUUCCAGUCUUUUGGAGUUUGAAUCUCAUCUGGCGUCCGAGAUGUCUUCACCUGACACCUUGCCAGAAACCCUGAGCUCGAUGCCUCUUUGGGAAGAACCGAAAGAUCUGGACCAGUUGACCACCACUUACGUGGUAGAGAACAAAUUUGCUGGCCGAACCCCAGGAACCACCCUCUAUUUAGUGCAAGCGAAAGCACGAAAUGGGGAAAUCUAUGAAGUUGUUGAUGACAAGCAGGAGUUCAAACUCUUCCUUGCCGUGGCGCACACUCCUGUUGCUGUGCCCAUCAAGGAGUUCCAGCUGGGGCACGGGUCUGCGAAGUUUCAAAAGCCUGAGAAGAUCGCUGCCAUGAAACGCGAAGGGAAAGCAGGCAGGGACUUUGACAAGGCGGCAGAAUCUGUCAGAUCUACAUCACCGCCGGAGUCUUCCACCCCAUUUUCAGAGCCCAAUGUAAGAGCUGGAGGGGAUCUUACGAAUCUGAAGCUGGAACCGAAGGCUAAGGCUCCAGCUGAAGUGGCUGAAGAACCAAAGCCUUUGCCAAUGUCAUCAUCUCUCAGUUCUGGGAAGUCCGACCCUGCCCUAUCACCAAAGGAAGUGGAUGAGCUAUCUGCGGAACUUCAAGAUGUUUUACACAUCAGAAGAGGAAGGCCAAAGAAGGAGACAGAGAACAAAGAGACAGAGAACAAAGAGACAAAGAACUUGUGUGCACCAGCAGAGGAGCCGGGGGCAGAAGUUGAAGAGAAGGACAAGCAGGAGGAAAACCAAGAGCCUGGAAAGAUUGGAGUCAGACAAGUUCUUGGACAUGUUCCCGCAAAGCCUGCAGCAAGGACAGCGGCGAAGUCUAAAGCAGCCAAGGACAAGAACAAAGAGCAGAAACCAAAGGCAAAAGCGAACCGCAAGAAGCCUCGCAAAGCAACAGAGGGAGGGGAUGAGUCUGAGAACCCUCUGGAAAGCGAAGAAGAAAUUGAAGACGAGCUUCCGGGGCCUUCUGACUCAGAAGAUGAAACAAAGCAGGCCACCAAACCAAAGAACUUAGAGGGUGACUUCAAGAAAGCAGCAAAGGGCAAGAAGAAUCGUGAUGAAGAAGAUGAACCAGACCGAGAAGAGAAGCGAAAGGCUGCAAAGAAAGGCAAGAAGAAGGUUGAGGAGGAAGGUGCAGGUGAAGAGGAUGAGGAUGAGGAUGAAGAGCCAAAGAAGGAAGAGAAGAUGAAGAUCAGGAAGCUGAAGGCGAAGGAGGAUCUUGAGGAGGAUGAUGAGGAUGGCCCCACAGGAAAGGUUUCGACUGGCAGCAAAACCAAGAAGGUCAAGAAGGCCGACAAGGACGAUGAGGGCGACAAGAACAAAUCCAAGGAUGAUGAUGAUGAAGAUGGAGCAGACAGAGAAGAGAAGCAGAAGGAUGGCAAGAAAGGCAAGAAGAAGGUUGAGGAGGAAGAAGAGGAUGAGGAUGAAGAGCCAAAGAAGGAAGAGAAGACGAAGAGCAGGAAGCUGAAGGUGAAGGAUCAUGAGGAGGACGAUGGUAGGAAGAAGGUUGAGGAGGAAGAAGAGGAUGAGGAUGAAGAGCCAAAGAAGGAAGAGAAGACGAAGAGCAGGAAGCUGAAGGUGAAGGAGCAUGAGGAGGACAAUGAGGAUGGCCCCACAGGAAAGGUUUCGACUGGCAGCAAAGCCAAGAAGGUCAAGAAGGCCGACAAGGACGAUGAUGGCGACAAGAACAAAUCCAAGGUGGGGAAGUUCAGCGGCACUGACAAGAAGACGGAGAAGAAGACCCAUGAACCCAAGAAGCGCCAGAAGCAGGAUGAUGAUGAUGAAGAUGGAGCAGACAGAGAAGAGAAGCAGAAGGAUGGCAAGAAAGGCAAGAAGAAGGUUGAGGAGGAAGAUGAGCCAAGACAUUCGAAGAGCAGCAAGAAGAAGGUUCAGGAGGAAAAACAUGAUGAGGAAGACAGCGAGGAGAUGGAGAACGAGGAUCAUGAGGAAGAGAGCCCAAAUGCAGCAGAAGACAGCAAGACAACCAGCGACAUGAAGGAUGAAAAGGAUGAAGAAGAAAAAGAAGAAACACUGGUGACUUAUAAGUGUGAUGAGGCAAGCACAGACGCUGAGGCGGACAGCUCAAAAGAGCCAGAGGUCCCGAAGGGCAGCAAAAACAAGAAGGCCGACAAGGAUGACGAGGACGACAAGAACGAAUCCAAGGUGGGGAAGUUCAGCGGCACUGCCACUAAGUCGGAGAAGAAGACCAAUGAACCCAAGAAGCGCCCGAAGAAGGAUGAUGAUGAUGAAGAUGGAGCAGACAGAGAAGAGAUGCGAAAGGCUGCAAAGAAAGGCAAGAAGAAGGUUGAGGAGGAAGAAGAGGAUGAGGAUGAUGAGCCAAAGAAGGAAGAGAAGAUGAAGAGCAGGAAGCUGAAGGUGAAGGAUCAUGAGGAGGACAAUGAGGAUGGCCCCACAGGAAAGGUUUCGACUGGCAGCAAAGCCAAGAAGGUCAAGAAGGCCGACAAGGACGAUGAGGGCGACAAGAACAAAUCCAAGGUGGGGAAGUUCAGCGGCACUGACAAGAAGACGGAGAAGAAGACCCAUGAACCCAAGAAGCGCCAGAAGCAGGAUGAUGAUGAUGAAGAUGGAGCAGACAGAGAAGAGAAGCAGAAGGAUGCAAAGAAAGGCAAGAAGAAGGUUGAGGAGGAAGAAGAGGAUGAGGAUGAUAGCGACACUGAGGUCGAUGAGAAACCGAAGGCAGCAAGCAGCAAGAUGAAGGAUGAGGAUGAGAAUGACAGUGAAGAGGACGCUACGUCAUUUGAAGGCAGCGAUGAUGAAAGUGAGCCCGAGGUUUCCCGCAAAAAGCCGGAGCCCAAGAACGCGAAGAAGAGAAAGAGCAGCAAGGCAGGGUUCAAACACUUUAGAGUUUGA